UCCCAACGGGGUUAUUCUAGGGUACAGGGUUACGUUGAAGAGCCAUCAACUACUCUCCACUGAAAACAACGUCUCGAUGGCGGUGCCUGCCGAAGGAAGGCAGGCGAAGUUCAUCAACCUCACACCUGGCACCACCUACGUCGCUCACGUGGAGGCAAGAACAUCGGCGGGAUACGGGAAACCGGUGGAAAUCUCCGUCCACACAAGGCCUAGCCUACCGGUCAUUGGGACGAAGGUCGAGUUGAAGAAUGUAGACGACACUGCGAUUACAUUGCAGCUGAAGAGACCCGACAAUGAGCCUGACGACAUCAAGUCCUACUAUGUGCUAGUGCAAAGACACGACCCGAAGAGCAAUCGCUCGAGACGCUCCACCGAUGGCUCAGGAAAGGACGCUAAUGGCCUCCACGAAUGGAUGGCAGGCACGCCCGACUACAACGAGUCGGUGGCCAUGAACCUGUCAUAUUAUAUGGCGGCCAAGAUGACGCCCGAGGAAGUCCGGAACAGCGGAGACUUCACGGUGGGCGACGGCCUCUACUACGGCGGUUAUUACAACGCGCCCCUGGUUCCCGAGUCCACUUACAGCGUCGGACUGGCCGCCGAGGUUGACUUUGAAGGCGACAGCAGAAUUUCCUAUAGACUGCUGUCUGAACCAAUUACAGUUCGAAGGCAAGAACCUGAAGAGCGCGGAUCUACACCGAUAGCAGUCAUUGUGAUCGUUGUUAUCCUUCUGGUAGUGCUCAUCGGUGCCGCCUGGAAAUGGCGGAAGAAGAUUAUAGGCAAGCUGCCACGAACUUUCCCUCAGAAACCCGCUGCGCCUGCCAGUGACGCGGCGAGUCUGUCCAUUGUUGACGAUAACGACGGCCUGGAGUUCGAGAUGGAAGAAAUGGGCGGCAGCGGCACCGACACCAGCUCGAAACCGCUGCCCGUGUCCGAACUACAGGACUACGUGCAGCGAAUGCUCGCGUGCGAUGGCCUCAAGUCUGAGUUUAUUAACCAGCACAAGGGUCGCCAGUACCCGACGAUUGAAGCGCAGAGGACCGAGAACAAGAUCAAGAACCGCUACGGCAAUUUAUUGGCCUAUGACCACAGUCGCGUGAAACUCAGGCCCCUACCUGGCGUGCCAUUCUCGGAUUAUAUCAACGCCAGCUACAUCGACGGCUACUGCAGGCCGAAGCGGUACAUCGCAACUCAAGGCCCUAAACCGCACACCGUGCACGACUUCUGGCGCAUGGUGUGGCAGGAGAACGUGUGCAAGAUUGUAAUGCUCACCGGCCUCGUAGAAAAUGGGAAGACCAAGUGCGAGAAAUACUGGCCGGAGAAGACGGCCACCUACGGAGACGUUCAGGUUCACUUUAUCGCGGAGGAGACCUUCCCAGAGUACUGCGUCCACCAGCUGCACAUGACGCUGGCCGACAACACGCGCGAGGUGAAACACUUCCACCUCACCUCAUGGCCCGACCACGGAGUGCCCCUCUACCCCAACACGCUGCUCACAUUCCGGCGGAAGGUCAACCAGUACAGGACGUUCAACGAGGCACCGGUGGUGGUGCACUGCAGUGCCGGCGUAGGUCGUACUGGCGCGUAUAUCCUGCUGGAGAACCUCAUAGAGCAGGCUCAAGCUGAGGGCGUGGUGGACGUCAUCGGCCAGCUGUCAGCCAUGCGUCAAAACAGGAUGAAUGUUGUCGAGACGUUGGAGCAAUACAACUUCGUACAUCGAGCCCUAAUGGAGAGCGUGUGCAUCCGGGACCACAGCGUUCCCUGUAGCAAGUUUUUCGACCGUUACCGGGAGCUCAUCUCAGUGGACGAGGCGACGGGAAAGAGCAACAUAGCCAAGGAGUUUGAGGAACUCAAGUCUCUCAAACCGUGGUUUACGCCUGCAGACUUCGCAGCAGCAAGCGACCCUGCAAACCUAAGAAAAAGCCGGGACGCUUCAGUGCUUGCUGCGGACCGGUGUCGACCACUUUUGAGGGACGGGACUUUUGUAAACGCCGUCUACGUCAACGGCUUUCACAAGAAGGACAGGUUCCUGGUGACACAGACACCGUCCAGCAGGGAUUUAGAGGACUUCUGGAAAUUGGUGAUCGAGUCUGGGACAAGGACUAUCGUCACGCUGGACGUCUUUAGCGACGACGCUGAUGUGGUGCAGUUCUGGCCUACGAGCGGCUCAGCUCGAUACGGUGAUCACAGGAUCGAGUGCACGGAGAACCGAAAUGUGAACGACAUGUCCGUACAAGCCUUCAAGGUUACACAAAAGCACAAGGGCCCGGGGUCGGCCGGCGCGGUGACCGUGAGGCACUUUCACCGCACCACGUGGAACAGCGCGGAACAGAUCGUGGACUUGGUGGACCACGUGGAACGCUGGCAGCAGCAGUCGGGCAACAAGAUUAUCCUCGUUCAGUGCAGGAACGGAUGCGCAGUCAGCGGACUGUUCUGCAGCUGCUUUCUUGUCCUCGAGAAGCUAAAGUGCGAGCAAGAGGUCGACGUCUUCUACGCGACGAGGAUUGUUCGAGAAAACCGGCCGCAGUUCAUCCUGGACAGCGACCAGUACAAGUUCUGCUACGACGUCGCCGUUGCCUACCUCGAAUCCUUUGAGAUGUACGCGAACUUCCGCCAGUGACAAGGUUUACACAUGCACGUGCAACUCAGUAAA